AUGGCCCCGGGGCCCGGGGCGCUGCCGGUGCCGCUGCUGGUGGCGGCGGCCCGGGAGGCGCUGGGGGCCGGGCCCGGGCCCGGGCGGAGGCGGCGGCUGCCCGCGGCCCGAGCGCUGCAUGCGGCCGGGGAGGUGCUGGCGGUGGCGGCCGGGCUGAAGCCGGCGCUGCUGUGGGACUGCGGGGCCGCGGGCCCGGCCGAGCUGCGGCGCUACCUGGGCAGGCUGCGGGAGGCCGGGCUGGCCCCGGGCCGCCUCCACGUGCUGGGCAUGGGCGGCUCGGCGCUGGUGCUGCGGCCGGGGCCGGCCCUCAGGCGGGUCCGGGCCGUGCUCCGUGCCCGGCCCGCUCCGCUCGUGGAUGUGUCGGCGGGGCGGCGGGGCCCGGAGCUCUGCGCCCCGGCCCGGGCCCGGGCCGUGCACGGCCACCUCGCCGCCCUCCUGGGCCACCUGCGGGACGCCGAGGCCGACGGCGCCGAGCCGGUGACCGCCAGCGAGGUCGUCCCCGGCGACUGGAACCUGUGCACCGUGGCCGGGGUGCUGCUGGGCUACCCCGCCGUGUACACCUUCGCCGAGGGCGCCGAGAACUGCCUGGCGCUGACCCCGCUGAGGGUGUUCACGGCCCAGGCCUCCUGCCCUCGGAUAAAGGAUGGGCUCAGGGUGCAGAUCUACUCCUUCAGCGUGCCGGAUAGCCUCUGUGCGGAGCUCGGGGACGUGCUGGAUGCCUGGUGCGAGGAGCUCAAGGAGGCUUUCAGCGCUCAGAGUGAUUUUGUGGAUCUCUGCAUUUCGAGCGAGGUCGUGUCUCUUCCAGCGGUUGCCUUGUAAAACACGAGCAUACUCAGACAUUUUAGCCGCCUCUCUGCACCAGGGACCGAGACAGGAGAUCCAGCUCCCUGUGUGGGUUGUUCCCUGCAUCUCUCGUGAUCGUUGUGCACUGAAGGCUUAAUUGUGACAGUCACUGCAGGCUGGUGGCAAAACCAAAUACAUGUUCUUUAAAAAAAACGACUAUGGGGACAUAUUCUCCCAGCUGCUCUGCUGCCUCCGUCCUGCCUGCCUGCACAUUGCACCCUGCAAAGUCAGUGUGUAUUUAUUUGCAGUGGGCAGCUGAAGAUUAAUAAAUGAUUUCAACACCA